AUGGCUGAUCAAUCAACAAAUGCCACAAAUCCAAGCACUACAAAUGCGGGCGGUAACAAUGCCGCAAGAGAAGGUGAAAUGACACCCCAAGAACGACAACUACAGGAACUAAGGAGACAAAGACAAGAAUUAAGACGUCAGCAACAACUAAGGGCACAGCAGCGAGCUCUGCAACAGCAAGGUACAGCAGCAUCGUCUACAGCAGGAUCACCAGCACAAUCGCCAUUUGUUCGAAGACCACAAGCAGAAGCCGCAACAGCAACAGGACAAAUGAGGUCGCCUUUCCAAUCACCAUUUGCUCGAACAAGAAGAGACCAACAACAACAUCAACAGGGGGGCCAAGCACAGCCAGAGAGUAAUAUACAAAGAAUAACAAGAGGAGGUGAAGGAUUGGUACCGAGCCCUGCUACUGGUGGAUUUGUGAGACCUUCACCAAGACCAGGUGCUGACAUAGCAGAGUCAUUGACUUCAAUACGGAGGACAAGUCGUUUUGAAGAGCGUCCUGGAGAUAUCACUAGGUCAGCAUCAACUUUUAUAAGGCGCGACGUAAGAUCAGAACAAUCACCACCAGUUUCAGCAGCUGCUGGCUCUGGAGGAGGGGGUGGCGGAUCAAACUUGCCUCCACCAUCGCCACCACCACCUAUUGCUGAACCUAGUGCGCAACUACCUCCACCACCAUCAAGACAACAACUUUCAUUCACCACAACUAACGCUGGAUCACCAGCAGGAGAACCAAGAAGAGUGCCACAUGCAGCAGCAUCACGAGGUACAACUGGCCGCAAGACGUUACCAGGGGCAUCUACAACAACAGCCUCUUCUUCAUCCAGACGACCACAGCAACAGCCAUCGACUUCAUCUAAUUUACGACAACGGCCCCGUCAACCAUCAGGCACAGCAUCCACAGCAGCUCGACAACAAGGAACCGCAACAACAAUUCGCACAAGAACAGCACCACGCGUGAAAAAGAGAUAUAGACCAGGCACUUUGGCCCUUCGAGAAAUACGUCAUUUCCAAAAAUCAACAGAUUUAUUAAUUCGUAAACUCCCCUUUGCUAGAUUGAUCAAAGAGAUUUCGCUAGAUUUCGUUGGUCCUGAAUAUGGAUUGAGAUGGCAACUGAAUGCAAUCUUGGCAUUACAAGAAGCCCUGGAAACUUAUUUGGUUCAUCUUUUGGAGGAUACAAAUUUAUGUGCCAUUCAUGCUAAACGAGUCACUAUUAUGCAGAAGGACAUGCAAUUAGCAAGAAGAUUGAGAGGCAGGUAUACUAUCUAG